GGCGGGAGAAGAUGAUUGACGGAUGGGUUAGCCAAUGCCAUGACGACCAAGGCUGACGCUGCGGCAGGUGGAGGGGCUCCUGUCAGGAAAGCGGAAAUGCACUUAGUAUAGUGGAGGGCUGGCUGCUGCUGACAGCUGACCGUGUAUUCGUUACCAUGGGCUGCGCGGAGACCUCGGGCUGAGCUGCAGCAGCCAUUGUAGUGUGGAGCAGACCUGUGAUACACAGUGAAGCUGCCUCUUGUGUUUAGCGGCACAUGGCCGUACGUCACCGCCUGCUUUACCUGCAUUAGUCAGUGACCCCUUCAGAAUGCCUUGUACUUGUGGCAACUGGAGAAAAUGGAUCCGUCCUCUGGUCGUUUUCCUCUAUGUUACUGGACUAAUAGUGGGCAUUCCAGUAUGUAUUUGGGAGAUGCAGAAAAUGGAGGUUGGCGUGCACGACAAAGCCUGGUUUAUUGCUGGCAUAUUUGUGCUCAUGACUAUACCAAUCUCCCUAUGGGGAAUUCUGCAGCACUUGGUUCACUACACGCAGCCUGAACUGCAAAAGCCCAUCAUACGUAUCCUGUGGAUGGUGCCCAUUUACAGUGUAGACAGUUGGAUUGCCUUGAAGUAUCCUGACAUUGCCAUAUAUGUGGACACCUGCAGAGAGUGCUACGAAGCCUAUGUUAUCUACAACUUCAUGAUUUUCCUCUUGAACUAUUUAACAAAUCGCUGUCCAAAUCUGGCACUGGUGCUUGAAGCAAAAGAUCAGCAGAGACACCUACCUCCUCUGUGUUGUUUUCCUCCUUGGCCUAUGGGAGAUGUGCUGUUGUUUCGAUGUAAAUUGGGCGUGCUCCAGUAUACAGUAGUUCGACCAGUUACCACUAUAAUUGCUUUGAUUUGUCAGUUGACUGGCAUCUAUGGUGAAGGAGAUUUUAAUCUAAAAAAUGCAUGGACAUACUUGGUGAUAAUUAACAAUGCCUCGCAAUUGUUUGCUAUGUACUGUCUUGUCCUGUUCUACAAAGUGCUGAAGGAAGAGCUGAAUCCUAUUAAACCAGUUGGCAAAUUCCUGUGUGUCAAGAUGGUCGUCUUUGUUUCUUUCUGGCAAGCUGUAUUGAUUGCACUCAUGGUGAAAGUUGGAAUCAUUUCUCAUAAUAAUACGUGGGGAUGGAAGAACAUCAAAGAUGUUGCUACAGGCCUUCAGGAUUUUGUCAUUUGUGUUGAAAUGUUCCUGGCAGCCAUCGCUCACCACUUCAGCUUUUCCUACAAGCCGUAUGUGCAAGAAGCUGAGGAAGGCUCGUGUUUUGAUUCCUUUCUUGCUAUGUGGGAUGUAUCGGAUAUCCGAGCAGAUAUAUCAGAGCAAGUACGCAAUGUUGGAAGAACAGUCAUGGGUAGACCCAGAAAGAUGUUUUUUCCUGAUGACCUGGAGCAGAAUGAGCACACUAGCCUGCUGUCGUCCUCAACUCAGGAUCCAGUAUCUGCAGCAUCAUCUGUGCCACCUUCUCCUUCUGGACACUACCAAGGGUUUGGUCAGACAAUAACCCCUCAAACUACACCCACAUCUGCCACAAUUCCAGAAGAACUCUACAGCACAGAAUCUCCUGAGGAAGAUGUCCAUGUGCCAGUGGUGGAGCCCGAUGACGUGGAGGUGUCACAUGAGAGCAGCAAAAGCUCACCCUCCUAAAUCAUAGGGAAUUGUGCCAAAUGUUCUCAUGACUUGAAGCCUUCAUCUGGGGAAAAUGUGCCCAAGCGGACAUCUGCUGCUGUAACAAAUUAAGAUCUAGAUAACGUCUAGUUUGGGCACUAAUGGGUAAAUGUAUUUUAAAGAUCAAUCUGUGUUUUUAAACUGGCUAAUGGACCGUGAUGUGAAUACAUAAUAUCUUGAACAGAUGUUUUGGACUCUACCUUAGGCCUCUUGCACACGACUGUAUGGCUUUUUCAGUAUUUUGCAGUCUGUAAAUAACAGAUCCGCAAAAAAUACGGAUGACGUCCGUGUGCAUUUCGUUUUUUGCAGAACAGAACAGCUGGCCCCU